AAGAGUCUCAUUCGGCUGCUCUUAACAUGUUUAUCUUGAUGGAAAGACUGAGGAACUCGUGCCCGAAGCACAGCUUCGGGACAUGUUGAAAGCCCUACAGCCCGAGAUUCUUUUCGAUGAACCUACCAUCGUAAAGACGGAGGUUGUUAAGUCUCCGACCACAGAGCAGACUCCUCCUUCUCCGCUUGAGACCUCUUCCACUGCCAAGUCCGAGUCUUCUGAUCCUUCGAAAGAGUCUGAAGUAUCAGAUGUCGUUCGCGAACUUCUCGAGAGCCUUCCUAGCCGGAACCACGGUGUGGGCACAUACAGUGUUCUGCGUGUGGUUGCUUCGCUCUGUGCUGAUGCCAAGCUUGACCGCUUGGAUGCCGACUCUGAACACCCUAUCGCUGAGCUUAACACCCGCUUUGUUCAGAGUAUAACUGAGAAAUUCUCCGCGAAGGAUAUCCUUGAGGAUGUCGUAGCAAAUGCGACAUACACUGGGGGUAUAUACGGGAGUGAAAAGGAAGAGUGUCGAUGAUGGGCCUACUUUAAAGCGUCAGCGUGUGUAUUAUAAUUAAUUUGAAGCGACCGUUGAAAAGCCUUGCGUCAUCGUUGAGAUUUUUAUAUUGUGACCAGCCUUUGUUUUACCUGAUACUACCACACAUCAAAAGCAGACUAGGCAGCG